GGCAGCGCGAUAAUAGAGUCUGAUCUGAUCAUCUCUACAGUGUGGACAGCCAAAAUGUACUUAUAUCGUCCACAGAACGGAGGAAAGACUCCCAAUCACACAGCACUCUCUCUACAACUACAACUACAUCCACUCUAUCAGUCUUCACCAUGGGCGAACAUCCUGCCGACGACUGCACCAUUGGGACUUGUCCCAUGACGCUGGCCAACUUCGACUACAUUCCUAACUUGGCCGGCAACGUUUUCUAUCUCGCUCUGUUUGGAAUCCUGCUUCUCUCUCAGAUUGGAAUGGGCGUUUAUUGGCGAACAUGGGGCUAUCUCAUAGGCAUGACGGGUGGUCUUGUGCUAGAAGUCGUUGGUUACAUUGGCCGUGUCCAGUUACACUACAACCCAUUCCCCUUUGAUCCUUUCCUGGAAUAUCUCAUCUGCCUCACCAUCGGCCCUGCCUUUAUCAGUGCCGCCAUCUACAUCUGUCUUGGCCGCAUCGUCACUGUCUACGGCGAGAACGUCUCCCGUCUUCGUCCUCGCACCUACACCAUCAUCUUUGUUUCGUGCGACCUUCUCUCCCUCAUCCUGCAGGCGGCCGGUGGUGCCAUCACUUCCACUGCGGAUGACAAUGACACUUCCCAGAAGGGUAUCAACAUCAUGAUUGCCGGUCUGUCCACCCAGGUCGUGUCACUGGCCAUCUUCAUGGGUCUGUGCAUCGAUCUCGCCAUCCGAAUCCGCAGGUCCCCCCAGAAUCUGAACUGGUCUUUUGGGGCCUUACGCAGCACGUUGAAGUGGAAGCUAUUCCUCAUCAGUCUGGCAAUUGCCACCAUCACCAUCUUUAUCCGUUCCAUCUUCCGUGUCGCCGAGCUGAAGGACGGCUUCGACGGUGCGCUUGCCAAUGACGAAGUCACCUUUAUGAUCCUCGAAGGUGCAAUGAUGUCCAUCGCCUGUAUCUGCAUGACUGUGUUCCAUCCCGGGUACUGCUUCGAGGGCAAGUGGAACGCCACCCACUGGUCGCCUGUCAAGCAACAGGAGCAGAGUGAAUGGAGUCUACAGGAGAGAAACAGAGACCAGGAUAGUCCAGUGGUAGUUUAAGCGUCGCGCGACUGGUGAUUUGCUUUGAAAAUGGAGUUUCACUGGGCUAAUUGCAACUAAUGCGUCUCAUGACUAGAUAGAAUACGCCUUUUCCUUUAUUCUCUUCAUUCACCCCCUUUUCCUGUUUAUCUAUACCUAGCGUGUGUUUAUUUGCAGCCUUUUUUUUUUCUCUUGUUUUUGUUUUUAUUCAUGUUGCCUGGUUUGAUAAAGCUGGAAAAUGAGUUUGUCCUGG